AUGCCUGGUGCCGGUCGAAAGACACCGGAGAUCCAGCAGCAGAUCAAAGAGUUGCUGGAAGCUGGCUUCGAUCCGACGACUAUUCACCGCAGGCUGAAGGUGGGAAGGAGCUCCAUCUAUCGCAUGAAGAGGUGUUUGCAGCGCCAUGGGACUACUUACAUGCCAAAAGAGCUCAACAAGAAGAACGGACGACCAAAAGUGUUGACGGCCGAACAAGAACUCGAAGUCCGCGACUGGCUCCGCAAACCCGACAACCGCAACCGCUACCUCGACGACCUCGUCUGGCUCAUCCACGACCGCUUCAACAUCGUCUGCAGUACCACUACCAUGUCGAAGAUGAAGCGCAAAUGGACCCGCGUCAUCGAGUACGAGGAGACCGGACUCCCGCUCGACAAGAUCACGCGCGACUCCCUGCUCGAGACCCAUCCCGAUCUUCCGAUCCUGCAGGACCCAGCGGCGAUGCCGGUCGAGGAGACCCAACCUCAGGACGAACAGCAGAUGGCGGCACCUACCGCCGCACCAGCACUUGCACCGCCACAGCAAUCUCAGAUGAUCCAACCUGUUCUGCAGGAGAUGCCAGUGCAGACGGAUCCAGCGCUUGUGGGGAUGCAGAUGCCGGUCGGUGGUCAGAGGGUGGGACAUGACUAUCAAAGGGACCCAAUCUUUGAUUGA